AGUCUGCGGUUGAAUUGAACGGGUCGGUUCCGGUGGUCGUUGCGAUCGGUUCCGUCGGUGGGCAAAACAAAGCAAACACACAAAAAAAUAGAACCAACAAAAAAAAUUCGUGUUAAUUGAAAUACGACUGAAAUUUCGGUGAAGCGAAAAUAUAUAUUUUUUGUGCAGUGUCUCAACUCGAUCACACAUAAUGGAAAUUAUCAAGCAUAUCGAAUUGAUAUCUAAAUAAUAAAAAUGUGCCCUCCCGGACAAUGUGUUGAACUUAAGGAUAACGCACUUUAUAUGGAAAUAUCUAGCAUACACUGGAUUACCUAAGAGCAUGGAGCUGCGUUGCCUGCUGCUGAAUAUUGUCUUCAUAUCCGUUGUGAAUGCGAUGCUGGCCUUUGGCUUUGCCCCCCAAGAUGAGCGCAGGUGCUCGUACGGGCGCAUCGAGAAGCUCAUGCGCAUACGCUGCUACAACAUGGACCUCAAGGAGGUGCCCCAAAACCUAAAGACCUCCGUCGAGGUACUGGACUUAUCGUACAAUCGCAUUAGGAAGCUGAGAAGUGGCUCGUUCCAGAGGUAUACCGAUAUUAAGUUUUUAAUGCUCUAUGAGAACAUGAUCUUAUCGGUGGAGCCGGGCACAUUUGCCCCACUCACCGCGCUGCAGGAAGUUGAUCUAUCGAAUAAUGGGCUCACCACGAUUCCCAUGGAGCUGUUCUCGCUGCCCAGGCUGCGCAAUCUCUACAUAGACAGCAAUGAUCUGAGGGAGCUCCACGAAGAGCUCGAAACGCUGGAGAAGCCCAUUCGUGCGCCGCUGGAAUACCUGAAUGUGGCCAAUUGCGAGCUGCAUGAUAUUCCCGAUCUGGGAGUGUUGCCAAAUCUUUGGCAGCUGAACACCUCGGCGAAUCCGUUGAGCAACUUCAACAUUGACAAACUGGCAAAUUUGUGCCAUUUGAAAGUCAUCGAUCUGACACGAACUCAUAUCAACGCCUGCGUCUGUCAGCAGGUGACCAAUCACCUCAUGACGAUGGGCGCCAAUCCCAAAUUCGUGCCCGUUUGCAUGGAGGCGCUAGACAGCGACUCGUGUCCACUGCCCUACAAUCGCACCGUGGACUCGCCGACAUUCCGCAGUUGUGUGGACAGCGCGGAGCUGGCCGAGACGCGCAGCCUCUGGCUCUUCGCCGCCGGCUGUUUUGGCGGCGUUAUUUUGGUGCUGCUGGUGUUCUGCUACUGCAUACACAGAUGGCGCAAAAAGCGCGCCAACCGACGCCUCAGCCAAUCGAUACAGAAUCGCAAACGCUUUGUGAUAUCGCCGCGAAACACAAUCAACAAUCGGCUGGAGGACGAGCCCCUGCACUGUGAUACUGCCUCAGCAUGACCAUAGACCUAAACACAAUUAAAUUAUAUUUUAUAUGUAUAGCACCUAGUUCUAAGACUAGUUAUUUAGUUCUAGUUCGUACGCUUAGAAAAUCUACAGACUAUCUAUCGAAUUGCCAUAUACCAACUACGAGUACCAAAAACUUUAGCUCAAGCUUUGAUUUGAUCGUUUCGUCGUCUUAAGAAUUCUUCUACUUCUACUUAUACAGACUUAUUGUUUAUAUAUAGAUAUUACAUUCAACCUGAGCCAGCCCUCCAAGAUAUGUGUUUACUAAGAUGACAAUUAUUUAAACUAAAAUGAUAAUUAACAAAUGCCAAAACAACAUAA